AUGGUGCUACAAGUCAUGCAGCCAUCUGCCCAAGUCUCGCCAGACCCAAACAAAUUCGAUGGCAAGGCAGGUCGAGAUGUGAGCGGUGAAGCAGAGAAGCUGCUGGUGGAGAGUCGCAACUCGGCAGGGGUCGUUGCCGCCAUCACCGGCUCGAGCGCAUUGAGCAGGCUGGCUGCCAGUGGUCCCAGUGAGUCAGGAUGGCAGGGCUGAACCUACACUCAACAGGCGCACAUACGUGUCCUCUAACACCGCUCUCCUCACCAACUCCGUGCGCAAUGCUAGCCUUGCUACCCACCCAAAUUGCCGAAUUUGUCACCUCGCUCUCCCUCUUGGCGCGCGUCUCUCUCAAAUCUGCGGCCUUCUUCAUCGAAGUGGUGCUGGAAGGCGCAAAGUACGGCACAGGAUUCGGCCUUGGACUGACUCGUCGAGCUCUCAUCUCGGCCGUCGGCUCUGCUCGUGCUCUUCACGCUUUGAAAUCCGGCGAGGACUGGAGGCCGGGAGAGCUGACGCACGAUGACCGGUGAGAGCGCGCACAGGCAGAGCUGCGACUGAAUGCGCUCCGUGGCAAUGCUUGCUGAUCGCCUCGGCAAUGCAACCUCCUCCAGCGACGGAUUUCUCGCGGUCCUGGACAGGUACACCAGGUGAGUCCCUCGACUGCAGGCCUGCACGCACUCUGCUGAUCACGACCCACACGCACUUUUAUGUCCAGCCUGGGCAUUUACCUCAUCCACUCCAGCUUUACCAUGGCAGAACUCUUUGCCAUGUCCGGAUUCUACCUCGUCGACGCGUCCCUAAAGACUGGCUUGAACGCAGCAAACGAGUCAGUGCGCCUCAUCGACGGCAUCUUUGGCUCCAACGAAACGAGUCGAGCGCUGGCAUCCUUUAUCGGCCUUGUACGUCGCGAGCUGCUAUCAGACGAGGAGUAUGCAGCGGCCACCGGCGGUCACUGGUGGGGUCUGGCAGCACUGACAAAGGCCUUGACAACAUUUGCCGUCGUGCAAAACGCAACGUAUCGCAGGACGGCGCAUACACACCGCAUGCGCGUGCUGUACGAUUGCACGCUGCUAGGAGAGGCAGAGUAUCGCGGCUGGAAAGCUAGCGCCUUGAUCGUUGGUCCAGGCAACUUCAACAAGGCCAAGUCCAGUCCGCACACUACCAAAGCAUUGCCUGCUCCUCCCAGCGCCGAGCGUCUGACCCCACCCUCUGAAGGCUUGCUUGCAUCCAUCAAGGGGCGCUUUUCUCGUGAUGUGACACCGAGACCGGAGAUGGCUGCUCGCAGAUUGUCCCGCGCAUCCUUGCUUUCUGGAACUGGCUUCGAGGAACCCUGCUUUACGGAUGUGACCUCACCGCGUCGUCCAGACUCGCUGCGCUUGUCUCCUCGCCAAGCAGCUAGGCAGACCGACUCCGUCACUCACGACUUGCAAUUUUUGGUCGGCGCCGAGGGCGACAGCCAGAGUGAGAGCGAUGACGACUCGGUCGCUUCGACCGCAGGGACCGUCUUGGGACGCACAAGAAUGCAGCGGAGCCAGCUACCCCGCGAUGUGCAACGCGUCAUUUCUAAUGCGGACGAUGCGGGGCUGCGCAAAGGCGUGGUGCUGGAGCCUGCAUCAGCGUCAAAGGCUCCAGUACGGCAGGUAGUCAGGAGACAAGGUCAAAAGGGAGCGCGAGAGGAAGUUUUCGAGAUUACGACAGAGACUGUCGAAGUGGUGGAAACGACCACAACGGUUCAACAGAGCGCUUCCAAGCCUGCUCAUUCUGGGCCUUUCGGUUUCCGCAAAGCGAGCCCUUUCAAGGCUUUGAUGGGCCAGUCUGCGUCUCCUGCGCGUCGACCUCAGGUGACGCGGGCUGAGGAUGAUGUGGAGGAUGACUUGCGGGAUUUGGCAAUGCGCGAGCGCGACGUGCGCUCGCUAUCGCGCGAGGAGCAACAUACUGCAGAGGAAGAAGAUUGGACUCAGAUUUUGAGCACGCCUCGUGGAGCUGCUGCCGCUUUCGCCAAUGAGAAUCGCAAUGGGGACGACGCUCACAAUUCGCAAGUCGUAGAGCUCUUGCACAAUGCGAUGGAUCCCGGUCGCAUACCCACGGAACCGAACGGUGGUCCAGCAGCUUCGAUCGCCGCGCGCUCUCGAUCGGACAUGCUCGAGCAGCCGGAUCAAGCUCGUCAGCGACUUCAAGUGACGCUCAAGACAAUGACGCGCAAGCUGACGCAGAGGAAGCGGGUCAUUCGACGUCUUGAUGCCGAAUACGAUCGAGAUGAAGGACUGGUCGCAGGUCCAAGCAGCGACACACCGUCGCAAGCUCUAAGCUCAAAGUCCGGAUCUGCAAGUCAACUUGAUCACAUCAAAUACAGAGCUGAGCAAGGCAAGUCAGCCAGGACCACAUUUGGCUUGCAAGACGCCUUUGCACGGAGCAAAAAAGCAAUGCCACCUCCUGUGCAAAAGGACGAGGCGCCGAAAAGGCUCGGUCUUGGACUGCACGUUCCUGGUCAGCAGUCAGCUGCUGCGACGAAUCAGAGUCAACCGCGGUCGAGUCAGUGGGACUCGCGUAGCUCUAAUGUGCAACUUUCAGCCUCGUCGAACCACACGAGAAACGGGCUUCGAGACUCGCGGCAGCAGCCCCAGGCGCCGCCUAGAGGAAAUUCCAAAUUACGCAGUGGCCACUCCCACGCCCUUCAAGACGAUGCGCACAAGAUGCUCCCCGAGCCUCCUGCAUCGAAGCGGAGGUCGCGAGCUCUGUCGAUCACAUCUGUGCAAUCCUUUAGCUCUCGCCUACACACCUCGACGACCUCCAGCACUCCCCGUCAAGGAGAAGAAGAGCAUGGGCCUGGCUCCUCUUAUACCCUCUUCCCAAAGCAGCAUCUGGUGACCAACCUGCGGCGUUUCAUGCGCCACGCAAGUGCGGCCUACGGUCAGGUGCGUUACCCCUCGGCAGCGUCUGCAAUGGCGAAAUCAGCUGAUGCAUGUGAUGCUGCGCCCGCAGAAUUUCAUGCGAAUCUUUGGGAUUGGCGAAGCAGACGUCAUCUUUGGCGAUACAACUAAGCACCAUUCCAACGUCUACAGCUUUUGGUGAGAAUAUGCACUGCUGCACGCUUGCAUUGCCACGCUGACUUGGCGCCCCCUUCCAGCCACCACGUCGGCAUUCCCACAGACCACGUCCUGCUCAGCUCUUACACCGAGGGUGGCGAAGCGCCCUUCCAUAGCCCCGACAUUCCACCCGUAGUCAACUACGUCAGCAUCGACGACGUCUCGAAAGCCAUUGUUCUCACCUGCCGAGGCACGUUGGGACUCUCUGACAUCUUGACAGAUCUCACCUGCGAGUUUGAAGAUACUUGGGUGGAUGGCGGCAGACCGGAUCACGUCUACAAGGUGCAUGCUGGCAUGGCUGCUUCAGCCAGACGCCUCGCCUCCCCUGGCACCACGGUCCACAAGACGCUGCGUCUGGCGCUCGAGAGCAGGCCAGACUAUGGUCUCGUGCUGACAGGGCAUUCGCUAGGAGCAGGCGUCACCUCCAUGCUCGCGCUCGAUUGGAGCUCCCCGGCAGACGUUUUUCAACAACGCGUGCUUGCUCGGCCAGAGGAUGCCGCAGACGUUCGUCAUCCUCGCAUCUAUACGCCUUUCGUCACGUCCCUCGAUUCCGGUCUGCCAGCUGGUCGUCCUAUCCACUGCUUUGCAUACGGUCCACCCGCGAUCAUGACGCCAGAUCUGAGUCGUUACUGCCGAGGUCUGAUCACAUCCGUGGUGCACGCGUUUGACAUUGUGCCUUGCUUGUCGCUCGGCACCCUGCACGACCUGAAACGCGUUGCUGCGUCGUUGAGUCACGAGCAGGAAUCAGCCAUGGCUCAAGAGGUGCUCGGUCGAGUCGUCGGCCUGUACCAGCGGCGCCGCCGUCUCCAGGGCGAUGUUCCGACGUCGGAUGCACAGGGAGCACCAGCGAUAGACGCUACGCCUCGGCCUACGGACGUGCCUCUCCACGAGCGAGAGCAAGAGCUCGAGCUGAAAGAGCUCGCUGCUGGCAGACCGCGUAACAGAGCUGGUGAUCCUGGCUACAAGGACCCUCGUUUGACCGUCGAGCCAGAAGAAGCGACGAGCGCGCCUACCGACAGUACGGACGGAGAUUUGACAGAUUGGCUGUGGUCGCUCAUAAAGACGAUGCGCGCGGACAUGUCUUCCCUCAAGCUCGUUCCUCCGGGCCAGGUGCUUUGCAUCGAAGCUUGGGCCGUUUACGUCACACCAAAGACGCGCGGCGGCUCCACGUCGAUGCGCGGAUCGGAGGCGGCGGAUAAACAGCAGUCCGAGGCGCAUCGCGUCGUCUUGCGACAAUGCGAAGACGUCGAGAAGCGAUUUGCGGAGCCCAUCUUUGCCAGAUCAAUGAUUCGAGAUCACGUCCCCACAUCUUGUGAGUGUCGGCGCGUCGAGCCGCUCUUCAGUCGUCGAACGCUGACGGCGACUUGCGCGACGCAGACGAGCUCUGCACGCAGCUGCUCUUUGACAGCGUUGUUUCGCAAGAGGAGAGGGAGGAAACGGACCAUCGCGAGUCAAGAGGAGAGUCUUGA